GCAGUUGGGGGCGGAGUUGGGGGCGGAUUGGUUUGAGGAGGCAGUCUCUGUGUUGGCCCUUUCGGCUUUUGAGCUUUGAGCCCUCUCCUCUUCUUCUUCCUUUCUUCGUUCCUUCUACUUUCCCUAUCACUUUCGGAAUUCGACUAUUUCGGUCCGGUCUUUGAUCGAUUGUUGGAGGCUCAAAAUCUGUAAUCAUCCAGGCUUCCAGUUUUUUAAUUUUCCACAAUUGAUGAGUUUUUGCUGUUAGAUUGAAGCUUUCACUUCAACAUGAACCCUUACUCUGGAGAUAGUGAUCAGACCACCGUAGUUGGUUUCGAAGUCCCAAAGUCCCCCGAUUCAACCUAUAACAAUGAAUACCGUGGGACCGAAGACGAGGCACGUGAUCCACCAUUUGUCCCACCUCAUUUGCAGCACACCUUACUCAGCCACCCAGCAAGUAGAGAUACCAGUGGAACUCUUCCAUUGCCUCAGAAUGUAAUUCUCAACCAUCUUUUUAUUGAAAACCGAGACACCCCACGCUCCGUCGUAGCUCUUGGAUUCACACACCGUUUUCAUUCAAAAUACGUCACGGUUGUGCUUUACAAACCAGUUCACAGAACAGGAACUAGCCGAGCUUAGUUAUGCACAUACAUCAACAACAUUCACUAGAAUGACAUGGCUACAUGGAUUUAGCAGUAGAAAAUGUUCAUGACAUGUGAUAUGUCAUUGAAGUUAGAGUGGAAGCAUAUAACUUCACCAAGUAAAUGAAGGCUGACAACGUAGAUAUUGUACCUCUAUUUCUUUUCAACUCUUCACUGCAGUAAUUGAAAACAUUCAGACUGCUAAAUAUGCAAAUUCUUAUUGACAUAAAUGUCCAGUCGACUUUUUUGUUCUUAAAUCUUAUUUAAUCUACGAGUUUAGACUCGAGCCACGAACCACCAAUGGGUCUAGAUAUGCACUGUUUAGACGUGCAAGUUACUGAAAACCAUUAAAGUUUGCUGUAUCUUAGGUCUUACUUCCUCUUCAAUGGCUCACACAUUAAAGUUUUGGUCGAUUUUAUUUCCUACAAGUUAAUGUUGUCUGCCUCAGCCUUCUAGUUUUUAUUGAACCUUAAACUGAUAUCAUUUCCAAAGAGUUUACUUUUGGAGGCGAAGUCCGUGACAUAGAACCCAAAAUUUAAUACCCCUGCCGCCUUGCAUUAAGGAGGACCACACUUGAUUUCGAUAUGUCGUCCAGAAAUUCCAGAUGAGUUAUAUGUCGUUUGUUGGAUUCAAAGCCAACACUCCCUAAAGAUCAUUAAGAACUACAAAACUUGAUGGUUGGGUGAGCUAAAAAAGGAGUGGAUUUGUUAGAAACUCACGAGAAAGGCCACCUCUCCUCGACACCAUCCUUGAGAGCCCAGUGAAUGCAAAGCUGGUGCCAUAUCUGCCUGCUCCAGCUGCUCACGAGCUCAUUUAAAGCUCUUUUUGCCCUUUUUAAACCCUCUGCGCCCACUCCCAACACAACCCAACCCCAACCCGUAAACUCAAUCGCUAUGGCUUCCCUUUUCCCAUUUCUCUUUUAUCUCCUCUUCUUACUUCUUCUAUCUUCUCCUUCCCUAUCAAUGGCUGCUCGCUGCGUCCCUCCCAGCGCCCCCAGCACCAUUGUUACGCCCCUUGCCACUCCCGAAGCGGAAGACUAUGAGACCGUCAAGCCUCAGCUGAAUCGGAAGAGGCUUGUUUUUGGUGGCAAUGAAGUCAAAAGCUGCCUCCCUAAAGGCUUCCGCCGCUCCUCUGCGCCUAGCCGCUUUGUUAACUAUCAUACUUCUGGUGGCUGUUCUUCAACCACUGAUCAUUCCAUUAAUACGCCUUGAAAAUAAACAAUUUUUGUUGUAUAUGCUUUCUGUUGUUCUUCACCAUCUUUUUAUAUGUUAAGAGAUUUCUUAUUUAUCUCUCUCUCUAUAUAUAUAUAUAUAAUUUGUUCUCCAAAGAUUGUGGAAACUCAGGUCAUCAAGCUUCAUUACAUAUAUGAUUACAAUUCUUAUGU